AUGAAGUCCGUGGUGUUCAAGGGAGUCAAACAAGUGGCUCUCGAAGAUCGGCCGAAACCCACCAUUCAAGACCCAAAAGACAUUAUUGUCAAGGUCAAAUACACAGCUUUGUGUGGAAGCGAGCUUCAUGUCUUUCGCGGUCAUCAACCUUCCGGAACCGGCUUCAUCAUGGGCCACGAAUUCACUGGCGUCGUUGAUGAAGUCGGCUCCGCUGUCACCAAGCUUCAACCCGGUGAUGCGAUCGUCAGCCCUUUCACCGUGAGCUGCGGAGAGUGUUUCUUUUGCAAACACGGAUUCUCAUCACGAUGCGACAAGAGUCUUCUCUUUGGUACUGUUCCUCUGGAUGGAGCACAGGCUGAAUACGUGAGAAUCCCAUAUGCCGAAAGCACGGUCGUAAAGGCUCCCGAGGAGAUUGACGACCUGAAACUAUGCCUGAUGGCGGACAUCUUUCCGACCGGCUGCUACGCUGCAUCUAAUGGUCUGAAGGACCUAAGUAAAGAGCAGGUCGAGGACAGUGUCGUCGUCCUAAUCGGUUGCGGACCAGUGGGUAUUUGUGCGCUCAUCGCCGCGCUGGAGUACAAGCCCAAGGUCAUUCUCGCAGUUGACGGUAUCGAGUCCAGACUAUCGCUCGCCAAGAGUCUUGGAGCCGAGCCUUGGAAUUAUCUCACACAGAAGGAUGAGCUGGAAAAGCGAGUCAAAGAACUGAGUGACGGUCGUGGCGCUGAUGUGAUCAUCGAGGUUGUCGGACAUAGCUCGGCUCUAGAUAUGGGCUUCAAGCUUCUUCGACCAUGGGGCAUCAUCUCCAGCGUCGGUGUACACAAUGGAGAGAUUCCGUGGACCGGAAAUCAGGCUUACGGGAAGAACCUCACCAUCAAGAUGGGCAGAUGCCCUGUUAGGAGUAUCUUUGAGGAUUCUUUGAAGCUGCUAGCAAAGAAGCAACAUCUUCUAGAUUUCAUGACCGCAACGGUGAUGCCGCUAAGUGAUGCUCUUGAAGGGUACGAGCUUUUUGACUCGAUGAAAGUUCAAAAGGUCAUAUUCGACGCGCAAAGAUAA